GACUUAUGUCAUAUCAUCUGGUCGCUGAAACGAUUCGUCGGCGAUCAUCUCUUAAGAAUUCCUUCUAUACUGGUGUAAUAUUAAGCAUCACUUCCUAAAAAGAAUAUGGCCUUCUUCCUGGCCUUUAAGCUAGCCAGUAACUAUGGACGACGACAUGAGGAUUAGCCGUUAACCUCCACAGACUUCUUUGCUUUUUUUGCCGCUAUCCUUAUCAUAACACAAUGCCGCUUCUUCGGCGCCGCAACUGGCGUUGGACGUGUCUGGCCUUUAUCGCAACGUGUUUCGCUUAUGCUGGAAUCAUACUCUGGGCCCGGUCGGACUUCUUGGAACAACAUUACUACGCUAAACAGCGUCUUUGGGCACAGUUCUUGGCAACAUGUGACUGCGACGGCCAGGCCUGCCCCGAGUCCUUCGACCUCACCAUGAUGCAUCCGCGCCUCUACUCCCGACUGCUGGCAGCCGCGGAAAAGACUGCUGCCACCGCUGCUGAUGCGAGCCGUUCCGGAACGCCUGCAGUACGGCAGCAGUCCGGUUUUGAGCCCGUACAGCAGUACCUGAUCUGGCAGCCGUACAAGGUGACGGCGGUGUACCGGGCGAGGCUGCGGAUGUACGUGCAUAUGGGUCUGGUACUGCCCAGAAGCCUGGCGCUGCUGCACUCCUGGUGGUUCUCCAGCAGCGAGGACCUGGCGCUGGCACUGCAGCACCUGGCGCAGGGCGUGCCGCUGGCGCUGGACCCCAGCAGCCGGGAGGCGCUGCGUGUGGAGCCGGAUGCCGUCAUCGAGUGCACGCUGGAGGCCGAGGAGGAUGAGGGGAAGGGCGAGAAGGAGCUAGCACGCAGCGGUGGCACUACCGGUAAAAGCGGCGAUGACAGCAGCGGUACCGCCGGGGUGGGAGAACGGGAGGAGCCGCAGGAGACGGGGGAGCAGGGGGCGC